UAUCACUGAUAAGGUUGUAGGGGUUUACCUAAUCCCGGUCGAGCACAUGGGCAGAGGGACAGCGGUAUAAAAGUUCAUGGAGGAAGAAGUAGGGUCUACACUGAACACUGAACAGGCUUCCACCAAGAGAAACAUACACAGGAUAUUGCCACCUGUCACUAAAAUGUGCUUGUUGAAGUCAACUGGAGUAUCCCUCAUCCUGUCCAUACUUCUAUUCAUCGCAGACUCUUACCCAAACAGCGACAAGACAAACAUGGGCUGUGAGGAAUGCACACUGAAACCGAACACAAUAUUCCCCAACAUCAUGCAGUGUACAGGCUGCUGCUUCUCCAGAGCUUAUCCAACCCCACUACGGUCAAAGCAAACCAUGCUGGUCCCCAAGAACAUCACCUCUGAAGCCACAUGCUGCGUUGCAAAAGAAGGGGAAAGGGUCACCACCAAGGAUGGCUUUCCGGUGACGAACCACACAGAGUGUCACUGCAGCACCUGUUAUUACCAUAAAUCAUAAACUGUCUGUAAGGGCUGGAAAUCUCCUCGUCGUAGAAGUAAAAGGUUGGCAAAAGAUUAUAUAUUUUGCACUACUUAUUACUGAAGAUCCUUGUGUUUUAAGAGAAAUCCCAUAUUAGGAAAUCAUUGUGAUCCAGAAAAGGAUAAUAUUUAUAGUGCUCUUAUGGUUGCAAUGAUAGAAAGCUGUAUUCCUGUACUGUGUUAAUUAAAUGUAGAAUUUACUGCCAAUUAACAUGAUUGCUUCACUUCCUCCCAGCCAACUUAGCUUCAUCACACUGUAUUGGUGCCGGAUGCUGAAUGCACACACACACACACACACACACACACACACACACACACACACACACACACACACACACACACACACACACACGCACACACACACACACACACACACACACACACACACACACACACAUACACACGCACACACACACACACACACAUACACACGCACACACAGUCUUUCUUCUUCUUCCUCCUCCCCCUUACUGACUUAAGUCAAUUUAAUUUAGGAUUCUAAACUAUAGGGUGUGCAGCCUCUUGUAAAAACAAGCGUGCCCACUCCAGGAACAGAAGAUGGAAGGUCAAAUAAGAACAUGUCUCCUUCCUGUGAAACUUUUCAAUUUCUUCAAAGAAAUACAGGAAAUACACACUGAACAUACACAGAUCAUCAUUCCAGCCAUGAGCCUGUCCUCCUCCUUUCUCCCACCACUGGCCUGCACUGGUUGUAAGUGAGUGAAAAUGUACCUUUCAAUCGUUCAUACAUGCAUAUUGUUCGUUAAGACGAGGAUACCAAAAGCAUAAUGCACAGCUCAGAAUUUUUGGUCAGACGAUUUUGCUUUAAGUUUAUUGUUUUCUUUCUGAAUGUCGAUAGUACAUUAUUCAAUGCUUAUAAUAUGAGUCAUACCCCGUAAUAUGAAGGAUAUGAGUGAAAUUCUUAUGCUACUAACAUAGCACUGUCUAAAUACUGACUACAGUCACUUUCUUCUAGAAGCUCAUGUAAUAAAUUGUUUCCUGGAUAU